GGGAUCUCAAAAGGCGCUUAACUUUCCUCCUUCCCUUUCAUCGCAUCCCAGACGAAGAAUUUUAUUUUCGAAUUCUUCGUUGCUUGUGGAAUUCCUCUCAAGUAUCUAUCUUUCUUUUCUUUCUUAUUUUCCUUGAAUCGAAAAGACCAUCCCUUCACGAUGAACGGAUCCGAGAGACAACAAUCUGCAGACCCUGCUGCGAUGACCAGCAGUGCGGACCGUAUGGUGGGCAUGGACCACGCCGAAGUCCGUUAUUUCACUAGCUACGAUCAUCAUGGCAUCCACGAGGAAAUGCUUAAAGAUGAUGUCCGGACUCGAUCGUACCGCGAUGCAAUCUACCAGAACCGUCAUAUCUUCAAGGACAAAGUCGUCCUCGACGUUGGAUGCGGUACUGGAAUUCUCAGCAUGUUCGCUGUCAAGGCCGGUGCCAAACACGUGAUCGGCGUUGAUAUGUCCUCGAUCAUCGAGAAAGCCCGCGAGAUUGUCGCCGUCAACGGGAUGGCCGAUAAGAUUACUCUCCUCCAAGGAAAGAUGGAAGAGGUUGUUCUUCCCUACCCCAAGGUUGACAUCAUUAUCUCGGAGUGGAUGGGAUACUUCCUUCUCUACGAGAGCAUGUUGGACACCGUUCUCUACGCCCGUGACCGCUACCUCGUGCCCGGCGGCAAGAUCUUCCCCGACAAGGCUACCAUGUACUUGGCCGCAAUUGAGGAUGGCGAAUACAAGGACGACAAGAUUGGAUUCUGGGACAACGUUUAUGGUUUCAACUACAGCCCCAUGAAGGAGAUCGCCCUCACGGAGCCCCUUGUCGACACCGUGGAGAUGAAGGCCUUGGUUACUGACCCUUGCCCCAUCAUCACUCUCGACCUCUACACCGUUACCACCGCCGAUCUGGUCUUCAAGGUCCCCUUCUCUCUCCCUGCCAAGCGCAGCGACUUCAUUCACGCCGUGAUUGCCUGGUUUGAUAUUGAAUUCGGUGCCUGCCACAAGCCCAUCGUCUUCUCCACCGGCCCUCAUGCCAAGUACACGCACUGGAAGCAGACCGUUUUCUACUUGCGUGACGUCUUGACUGUCGAGGAGGAUGAGACUGUGUCCGGGGUUUUGGAGAACAAGCCGAAUGACAAGAACAAGCGUGACCUGGACAUCUCUAUCUCCUACAAGUUCGAGACCUCCGAUCCGAUCCGCCAGUCGGAGGGCAACUGCUUCUACAAGAUGUGUUAAAUAAAAGCAUUCGGUUCUGACCACUUGGGGCCUGUACGCUGCCCUGGCGUUUUGUCCAGGGCACGGCACGGCCAUUUCGGUACACAAAAGAAUUUACGCAUGGACAGCAAAACAUAUAUGAGAGUCCAUAUAUAUGGGCAUUGGGAUAUUGAAGUUAUGGUUUGAGAUCACGGUCCGGCAUCUAUUUUGAUUUCGUUUUUCAUCAUUGAGAUUUGCUUGCACGGCGUUGUUUUUGGAAGAAGGCAGGGGAACGGGCAUCAUUAUUCGGCGCGAUACGGAGAGAUGAUUUCCACAAGAGACGAUUAUGAAGCUCCUCGAAUUCCCCAAGUAGAUACCCCGAGUCGACGCUUAGUCUAGCUGCCUCCGGUCUCCUUAUGUUGUUAAGGUUCGAAUUCUUUUGUGUUUCUUUUUUCUUUUUUCUCUCCCCAUGGACAUUGAGGUUUAUAUUGCGAUAUAGAGAAAUAUACCUUUUUUUUGAUUGUUCCGA